AUGCUUCCAUACCACCGCGCCGCACCUUCAUAUUCGGCCAGACCUCCAUCACCCCGGCAACAACAAAUCCGUCAGCAGCAGGUCGGCGCGAGCAUGGCGAAUUGGGAAGAAGCAGCAGCAAUGCCAAACGACUACAACGACGACGACGAGGUACCCCCUCCACCAUACUCCCGCACAGACUCACUGCACCGUACCAACAGCGCAGAAGAAGAAGAAGAGGACAGAGAAGAAGCAGAGCGACCCGAAGUCCGGCUCCAACCCACUCCCAAUGGACAUCAUCUCCUCGCCAUGACCGUCAACUCCAGCAUCACGGGAAAUUUCCACUUCCAGCCCACUCGCUUCCCCUGCACGGGAACUUUCCUCGCAUUCCAGAAGUAUUGGAAAGCAGUCUGGUUCAAAGCCUGUCAGCAGAAAUUUCUCCGACCGGGUGCGCUCGAGAUUUUUGUAUGGGAGAUGAAGAUCCUCUUCUUCGAGGCGGAUGCGGAGCGGAGAGGGAGAAAUGGUUCCUCUACUACUACUACUACGAUGGUGUUGGGAGAGGAUACUUGGCCGAUCUUUCAACAGUACAUGGCACAGGGGUCCGGAGAUGGGGUGGCGGGUAUGAGGCUUCAGGUGGAUAUUGAUGCUUCGAGGCGGGCGAGGAGAGUUUGUAGGGAGACUGCGGCUGCAGACGGGAAUCACAAUGAGGCAAUGUUGUUGUUGCUUGGUAGGCAUGUGCCUAUUACUCCUGCCCCUUCUACUACUACUACUCCGGCGCAAGCGGGAUCGAAGAGGCAACAGUUGAAGCAGUUCUUCCUGGGAUGUCGCAAGGACGUUCAGAGAUUGAACGCUGAGGCGAAGGCGGCGGCAGAGGCUAGGCAUGCGGAGACGCGGAGACGUGAGCUCGUCAUGGUGGCAAGGUCGAGGGAGUUGUAUGCAUCUCGACUGGCUGUCUCUGGAUAA